AUGAAGGUCUUUGAGUGUAAAUUGGAUGAGAAAAGGUCUUUGGUGGCAGUGGACAGGAAGUACAUGAAAAUAUCAACUGCAACAGAAAUAAUUGAUCUCAAUGAAAUUGACACAUCACAGAUUCUUCCUACAGGCUUGGAAAUAAUACUUCAUGAGAAGAAAGUGCACAAAUUGUCGUCCUUGGAGGAAGAAGAUUUAAAGUCAAUUCAAGAAGUGAUAAAGAGUAGACGAAUGAUAAGUAAGGAAGAACUAUCAAAUGCAAUUAAGAAGAAUAUUCAACUGCAAAAUACAUAUAAGAAUAUUAACGAGUCAGAGCACAAAAUAUUCUACAAAAUAUUUGGAGAAGUAUUACUAAAGAACAUUAAAAUAGAAGAAAUCCAAAGACUAGAACAACCAUCUAGCAGUGAGAAGGCAAAGUUCCUUAUUUCCAACAGAAUUGCCAUGAAUGCCUUCUUUAACCUAAAUAUUACCUUUAGAUUAUUCGUAAAUUACUUUUACACUGGAUAUCUUAUGGCAAAUUCACAAGAAAAUGAAGUAGACCUGGAAAUAUUCCGGAUACUUGGUAGACAAAUUAGUCAAAUUGAAAGAGUAAAUGUAAGAUCAAUGCUACUGCAGGAGAUUUCCAUUAAGGAAGAGACCAUAAAGGAAAAACAAAAGGCAAAAUCACUCAAAAAAGACAGCCUAAUAAACCCAGACCUAGUCAAACUAUUAAACCACAGCACUGCAACCACUCCAGUAAGCACAAACAACCAGUCUCAUAUAAACCCACAGGAUAUAAGACAAGACACUCAACAGACAAAUUUACCAGAAAAAUCCAAAGAAACUCAAUAUAACCCAGAUAUAAACCAAGUACAACACAACAAAAUAAGCCAACCAGUAAAUAACCCCCUAAAUAUUGUCCAAUUACAGCCACCCAUAUUCAAAGUCACAGCAGUUGAGCCAAUGAAAAGAGUCGGUGUCCCCUUGGAUAUUCUCAGAAGAAUGAAAGAAAUUUCCAAAUUAAUCUAUAAGAACAAGGUGCCAUCUGAAGAACUAGAAGUAAUCGCAAAUAAUCUACAACAAUUCCUAAAGGAUGAAAUCAGAAGGAAAUUACCAAUUGAUGAAGGAAAUGCAGUUAUUUCUGCUAUAAAUAGAAUUACUCCGUCUCGGUUUCUUAAUCUAAUCAAAGACCAACCAAGUAAGUGA